GGGACAAAGUUAGAUUUGGUCACAUGGUUUCUUUAUUUUUUUUUUCUUUUAAAAUAAGAAGUCUAGUUUUGGACAAAAGAAAAAAACAAAAUUUUUGCCAACUCUGAUUCUUCCUUACAUUUUUGAGGUAUUCUUCAAUGGACAUGGAGACAUUUCCCACCAGCAAUGUGGCUGUGCAGACAAUGAUUUGCUCAUUGCUGCUUCAAACUGCUCAAAAAUCUCUUCUUUCUCUUCUCUUAAUGAUUGAGUUUCUACGCUUGUACCCGGACCUUGUUGUAGUAGAGAGGAGGUACCCAAAAAUUAUGUUCUUCUCUUUUCUAUUUAUAUUCCUUUUUGUAUGUGAGUUUGAGUGUUCAUUGGAUCCCAGAUCAUAUUAUAGGUUUCCUUUUGGUGAGCUUAAAGAAGGUACGGUGCCAGAUAACGAACCUAAGGAUUCAAGUGAAACUGAUGAUGAAAAUGAAGACACUGAUAAUGAUGAGGAUGAUGAUGCUGAAGAUGAAGAAGUAAGUGAUGAUGAUGAUGAGGAUUCUGAUGGAGAUGAUGCUGAUGCAAAUGAAGGUAGUGAUGAUGAUUCCGAUGAAGAAGAAGAUGAUGAUGAUGAUUCUGAUGACGAGGAUGAGGAUGAUGAAGAUGACGAGGAUGACGAGGAAGAAGAUAAUCAACCACCAUAUACAAAGAUGAAAUGAAAAGAUAGUACUAAAAUUUCCAGAAUUCCUAGAAUUAGUUGAUAAAAUGAUCUAUGAGAUUUGGAUCAAUAAGGCUCACAAAAAAUUGUGGCAAUACAAUAGAUAAACCUAAUAUGUAUCAUAAACCAGCAAUAUUCUAGGUCUUCUCUUUAUGAUUCUAACCAAAGGGAAGUUCAAUCUAUGGACAUUUAUGAA